AUGAACGCGCGGCUGGCCGCUGGCCGCAGAGCCCAAGAGUCAGAGAUCAUUCAGAAGUUUCAGCAGAUCAGGGAAAUGGCAGCGGGCUUAGAAUUAGUGCAGGAUGCAGCUGAAUUGUGGGGCUCUGCUGGGCGCAUUCGUAUUCUUUGCAAGGAGAUCCUGCAGCUCCUCGAUCAUGAGUGCGUUGAAUCCGAGGAAGUGGAAGACUAUGCCAAUGAAGGUUCAAGUUCAGUGACGCGCAUUUUUCGUGAGAUCUGGGAGUUGGCCCGUGACAUUCUGAGCAGCGAAGAAGCUGCGAAUGAGUGCAUGGAGGUCAUACACCUCGGGCAGAAUGGGUGCAGGCUUGCAGCAGGCGCAUCCUUUGUGCCACAUGGAGAAUUGAAGAGCUCCUGGGGCCCGGGCGUGCCUUGGAAGUGCUUUCGAGUGCAGACCCUGAAGCAGCUCAGGCGGAUGAGGCUGGAACUGUAA